AUGUCAGGAGCUCCGCCACCAUACACUUCUCAACCACAACCAUAUGGAAAUGCAGGUUACGUUCCCCAAGGUCAGAACCCAUACCCAGCUCAAGGACCAUAUCCACAAGGAUAUUACAACCCAAAUCAGCCGCAAGUGAUAUACGUUCAACAGCCAGCUCCUCAACAACGUCAAUCCGAUGAUAACUGCUGGCUCACUUCAAUUUUGGCUCUCUGCUGUGGAUGUCUGAUUGGAGAAGUGUGUUGUGAUAGUCCAAUGCUCUGCUGUGUGCUUCCUUGCCCAAUUCGUCUUCCACGAUUCCGAUAA